GAUGGAAUCUCUCAGCACCUGCCGCUUACAUGGCGCCGCUGCAGGCAGCGGUUCGUACAGGUGUGCAGGGUCAAACAAGUAGGAAGGUUCGGCAGGAGCAGGGCAAGCUGUGAGCACACGGAAGGAGACACCGGGCUAGCUGUUGGUCACAUGACAUUGUGCGGGUCACAUGACGGAAGGUUUAGUCCCGGGAUGAUCGCACACCGUAUCGCCGCUGAAGAGAACCUGCAGCGACGGAAGCAGCAGCUCCCGUCUCCCACCUUCCUCUCCCCGCAGCCCGGUCCAUGCAGCGCUCUGCCCGCAGGCAGGCGGGAGGCAGAUCUGACGGAGGAGGAGCAGGGAGCCCAUUGCCUGCUGCCUCUCCCAGCCGCCGGCCGCCUGCUGUAAUAUGCUCACUCGGGUAAAAUCUGCUGUGGCCAAUUUCAUGGGAGGAAUCAUGGCUGGCAGCGCCGGCUCUGAUCAUGCCAGUGCCUCUGACUUGCCUAUGAGGUUCCCAUAUGUCAGACCCGAGUUCCUGGGACUGUCGCAGGACGAGAUCGAGUGUUCCGCCGACCACAUCGCCAGACCCAUCCUCAUCCUGAAGGAGAGCAAGCGGCUGCCCUGGAGCACGGGCUACGCAGAGGUGAUAAAUGCAGGUAAGAGCACACACAAUGAGGAUCAGGCAAGCUGUGAGGUGAUGUUUGUGAAGAAGAAACCUGGUGUCCAGUCUACCCCCAACAAGGCCACUACAAACAAGAGAAGAUCCUCUCUACCCAAUGGAGAAGGCUUACAACUAAAGGAAAACUCGGAGGUUGAUGGAAUAACAUUUCAGUACUGGGCAUUAUUUGAUGGACAUGCUGGAGCAGGAGCUGCUGUUGUAGCAUCAAAACUUCUUCAUCACCACAUCUCCGAGCAACUACAGGACAUUGUAGACAUACUGAAAAACUCAGCAGUUUUACCUCCCACCUGUUUGGGGGAAGAUCCAGAAACUACUUCCAACAAUAGCAGGACUCUGACUAGAGCUGCAUCAUUACGUGCGGCUACUGGUGCACCAGGCUCACCAAGCACACCUCAAACACGCUUCUUCACAGAGAAGAAAAUUCCACAUGAGUGUCUCAUCAUUGGAGCUCUGGAAAAUGCAUUUAAGGAAAUGGAUCUGCAAACUGAGCGAGAAAGAAGCACCUACACUAUAUCUGGAGGCUGCACAGCACUUGUGGUUGUAUACUUGCUUGGGAAGCUCUAUGUUGCCAAUGCUGGUGACAGCAGGGCUAUAAUUAUCCGAAAUGGAGAAAUCCUUCCAAUGUCUUCAGAAUUUACACCGGAAACCGAGCGUCAGCGGCUUCAAUACCUUGCUUUCUUACAGCCCCACCUGCUCGGAAAUGAGUUUACACAUUUAGAAUUUCCAAGGAGAGUGCAACGCAAGGAGCUGGGCAAGAUGAUGCUGUACAGGGACUUUAAUAUGACUGGCUGGGCCUACAAGACAAUUGAAGAUGAAGAUUUAAAGUUCCCUCUAAUAUAUGGAGAAGGAAAAAAGGCUCGUGUAAUGGCAACAAUAGGUGUAACCAGAGGACUUGGUGAUCAUGAUUUGAAAGUCCAUGACUCCAAUAUUUACAUUAAACCCUUUCUCUCUUCAAUUCCUGAGGUACGCGUUUACGACCUACUGCAAUAUGAGCACAGUGCAGAUGAUGUCCUAAUACUGGCAACAGACGGCCUGUGGGAUGUCUUGUCCAAUGAAGAAGUGUCUGAAGCUGUUACAAAUUUUCUGUCAUGCUGUGACCCUGACGACCCUCACAGAUACACACUGGCAGCUCAGGACCUGGUGAUGCGGGCCAGAGGGGUACUGAAAGACAGAGGAUGGCGAAUAUCCAAUGACAGGCUGGGCUCAGGGGACGACAUCUCUGUCUACGUCAUCCCAUUAAUACAUGGCAAUAAACUGGCAUGAGUGUAAUUGGCAUGUACUGUUCUGAUGUAAGAGGACAGGCGUAGAGAUGUCACUACUGAAAUAGGGCAUUGCACAGUCUCCCAAGUUGUGUGUUUGGGAUCUCAGAGCAUAUAUUUAAAUGCUGCUAAUGUUGUAUGACUUCUUGUGCUGUACACUAAAUUGCCCUGAACAUGUUUUAGCUUUGUUAUACUGAAAUGUAAUUUAUUUCCACUACAGUACUGUCAGGAAACACUUGGAACUACCCAGUGCAUAUUGCUCUAAACAUUUGGCUUGUAGGGAAAUGUAUAGCUGAUAGUGUGCACUAUUUUUAUGCAGCCCCAGCCUUUUACGUCUUAGUUUGCACCCAUCAGCCACAUUCCACUGUGUUACUUUCACAUAUCUGCAGUAAUGCAGACUUAUAUAUAGCCUCAUGGGUGACCCUCCCCAUCAUUCUUUACCUACAACUCAGGUUUCUUACCAUAUCUUUGGCUUCACUGGAUACAUUGUGCAUGUAAGUAUGGAGAGAUGGCGGACACUAAGUUCUGUGCUAUUUGUCCUCUGACUGUCACUGAGCUCUCUCGCUAUUGCAUGUACAGCGCCCUCUAUAGGCCACUUUGGCGUAACAACACCUUUAUCAAUAGUGCUUGAUACUGUAUGUAAGAAUAAGUAGUAGUACAACAAGGUGUUUUAGGUCCUGCAUCUCUACGCUAUAAGAUAUGUAGCUGUAACAACCCUAAUAUAAAUGUUCCCCCUCUGACACUCACACAUAGCAAAUUGUUGUUUGUGCCAUAGCAUUUUAUGUUGUCACUUCUUUAUUCUUGUAUUAAUCCUUGUCUGCCUAUGGCGGACAGAGAAAGUCUAUUUAAGGUUCCCAUGCAGAGGGAGAACAUCAAAGUCACAGCCAUUCAGAGAAUAUAAGAGACCUGGCCGGUGAAUGUACGGAUUCACAAGCCGGCCAUUGAAGCCUAUUUAAGCUUCAUCUUGGACGAGACGGCUGAUCAUAUUACAUGUAUUUUGCAUUAAUCAUUUCUGUGGUACAGUUAGAUUAAAUUGAUGUGAAUGUAGCAUAUUCUCUGUACUUGUCGUGUUGGAUCGUAACUAUUCCCAAAUUCAGAUCAUCCACCUCUUUGUAAUGUGAGAGAGUGAGCCAAUAAUUAAAAGCUGAAUGACAAAUGUUGCAUAUUUUCAGUACUUGAAAAUUAUUUCCUGAAUAUAUAUUCUAUUUUAUAUAGAGAGGGGAUUGUAAUACAAAUGAGUUGUUACUCUGGGAAUGAUGUUCGAAAGCAAUAUACAUAGAUACUUUUAACUUUGUAAAACAGUGACUUAUAUUGUCCACACAUGGGCUGGCGUUUGGCUUCAGUGGCGUCUGUUUCUAAUUUGGCAAGUUGGACAGAUCCUGCCAUUUGGAGCUGGGGUUGAGCAGCCUGAUGACAUGGAAGCCCGUAAGAGCGGAGAGCAGAUGAAUGCACACACUCGCAGGCUGCCAGCGGGCAUCUUCCGCCAGUCCAUUUAAAUCACAACAUCAUUUUCUGUCCCCACACACACACAUGCUGCUGUCGGACCGGUUUGCAGAUUUUGUAGUUUGUAUGGCUAGUCUUAUUUACCCUAAAAGCCUUUUCUCUUACUGUAAGCAAUUUAAAGUGACCAAUAUUGUCUACAGCCUAGUAGAUUUUGCUGCACUGUUCCCCUUAUUGCUUUUUCUUAACCUAUCCUUACUGUACUACAAUUGAUCAGAUUGUAUAGACAUUAAUAAUCUCACACAAGAGCCCCUCUCUGAGCUAUGGUUAGUUGUAAAGUCCUGGGUAAUGGUAGUAACAUACAUUUAAACCGAUGAACCUUGCUCUGGUUAAAACGUCAUCCAGAAUCUUGUGGCUAGAGUCCAGUAUUUCUUUUCCCAUGUUUUCAUAUAGUUGGAAGGUAAAGUAAAUCAGAGAUACGAGCACAGUUUUGAAAAGUCAUCAUUUUCCAUUCCGUAGUUUCUGAUUGAUGUGACGUCUCAACCAAUCACAUUCAGAGAACUGUGUAAAUAGAGAUUUUGGACAUCAGAAAAAUCAGAAAUGUAUUAUUACCGCCAGGGGGUAGAUUUGCUAAAGCUUCUAAAACAGAUAAGUGGCGGUGUUGCCCUUAGCAACCAAUCAGAUUAAUCAGAGAAUGCAAUAGAGAAAUACUAGCUAGAAUCUGAUUGGUUGCUAUGGGCAACACCAGCACUUGUCUGUUUUAGAAGUUGUAGUAAAUCUACCCCCAGGAGUCCGUUUUGUCACUGAACUUGGCAAAUUGGCGUUGCAUACUGUGCAAUCUUUUGGUAUACAGAUGUUAAAUAUAAAAAAUUUUUUUCGAAGGAACUAAGGGGUAACUGUAUGAAAGGUCAUAGUUGGGGGGAAGUGGUAUCAGCGCACAUUAUGUGUACUGAUACCACCCCAUGUUAUUACAGCAGCGGUGUGUGCCCAGUUACAGGGGCAAUAUGAAUUAUCAUUAUCGGCACUGCUAUCUAAAAGCUAGCACGCUGAUAUGCGGGGACAGUGUAAGAACACCUGCAGCUAUCAAUUUCGACAGCAGCAAUUGUCGAUGUCCUAUCUCCACAGCAGGGACAGAGCUGUCCCCGGCUGUGGCAGGUGCCAGCUUCGGGCUCCAUGUGACAUCUCGCUUGAGUAUUGAGAUCCCGCGCAUGCACAGUGGAGCCGGCAGGGAGACAUAGCGCAUCAGCAUUAAGCUGUGUGCUAAGACAGGUAUCGUCGGAGGGGGGAGUUUUCACAAGAUGAUCAUACAUCUUGUCAGAGUGGCGUCCUGCUUCACCUCGGUAAUGAAGGAAGUGUCAUAGCGGCACGAUCCACGCUGCUACAAUACAUUCCCCCCCUAUGGGGUCUAUGUACUAAGCCUUGUGGAGAGAAAUAAAGUACCAGCCAAUCAGAUCCUGAUUGUCAUUUUUCAGACACAGCCUAUAACAUGGCAGUUAUGAGCUGAUUGGCUGUUCCUUUAUCCCAGGCCACUGUUUCUCCAUCUAAGGCUUAUUCAUGAAGCAGUGAAAAGAGUGGAGAAGUUGCCCAUGGCAACCAAUCAGCUGGUCUGUAUAAUUUUGUACUUUGCAAAUUAGAAAUGUUACUCCAACGCUAAUUGGUUGCCAUGGGCAACUUCUCCAAUUCUCAUUGCUUCAUAAAUAGACCCCUACGUUAUCUAAUUAUUAAUGGGAGAAAAGCCCUGUUUCACUAUCAAUACGGCUUUGCCCUAAAUAAAAAUGAGUUGCUGCUGGUUAAUUCAGUGAUAAGAGGUUAGCCAGGUCUCACCAGUGAAAGCUACCCCUGUCAACAAACAUUGUGGUAGACUGUAUAGAACUACAAUACUUGACCUGUAAUCGCCGUCUCAGGUAGCUGUUAACAGAUGAAAAGCAAUAAAUUAAUUGCUUUUUUUACUGCAAGUUUGUGCAUGCCUGGAAAUAACGUUGCGCAUCUUUUUGUAUGCCCGUCCUAUUGUGAGUUGGAUGAAACUUGGCUAGAUCAGUUUUUUUUGUGAAAUAAGACGUUUCAGAGUGGAAACUGGUCUGUGACAAAAGCAAUCACACAUAACCACCCUGACUUGUGGGUUUGUUGUGGGCAUGAAAUGAAAGCCCCGUGUUAUUCUGGGCUACAUGUACUGGAAGGUAAGCCUGUUUCAGACGGAUCUCUUGCACCUACCCCUGCAUUAGUUAAUUACAUAUUUGCAUUAGCAUUGAGUAGUAAAGCAAGCUUCCAUAGCUGCCCGCAACUACAUCCACUUUGCCUGCAACCUAAUGUCUGUAAUAAGUUAAUACUGCAUUUAGUCAAGGAAAUCUGUAAUAUAUCAGCAGGAAUUGUCAUGUAAGGUGUAACACGCUAUAGUCGAUAAAUCUAACAUUUUAACGUGAUUUACGGGCAAGUUAGGUGUAAGGUUGGAAGAGAUGCAACAUCAUUUUCCGGAGCAGAUUCCAUUAGCAACUUGUGUAUGUGGAACCAAGUAAAGACCCCAAUUAGCAGCACACUGACAGAUAAUAAGGGCUUUACUAAAAAUUCCUAACCUUGCUUUAAAGAAGUCAGCAGGAAUCAUGCAGCUGCGUAACCUCACUGCACCAAGUAAUGCAGACGUUGGCUGUGAAGGCAAGACAAUAAGGUCAGCCUUACUCUCUAUUUUGUGACCUACACAUACUGUCUCAGAGCUUAUUGGGCAUAAAGCAGGAAAGAUAUGGGGCCUAAAGGUGAAGGCUACUAGGGUCACAGGUGGCCUUUAGUGAUCUGGACUAGCUAAGCACAAGUCUGUGGUAGCUAUUGUUUUACAUUCGUAGAUUUCUUUACUUCUUAGAGGAGAAUUCAAUGAUCCGUGGUAAAUUUUUCUGCAGUUUUUUGCCUGAUGUUUUUUUUUUGGGCAGUUCAAGUAAUGGCUUUUUUUUUUCAUAGAAACAUGUACCCCUUCCGUGCUAAAAACACAGGAUGUUUCCGGGUCCAUGUAUAUUCGCGAUCGUGGCAACAAAAAAAACACAAUUGUCAGGGAUUUUGUUUCUCCUGCCUCCAGGCAGAUGAAACAAAAUCCCUGAUAAUGCCAGCUAUCUGCGUCAAUUGAAUUACCCUACCUCCACCCCCCCCCACACCCCCCACACACACACACACACAUGUAGUUUCUUACUACUUGUUCAUUACUAACCAUCUAGUUCUGCCAGAAUAUAAUAAUUUUAUUCAUAUUGUGCUCUUUCUCCAUAAGAGAAUGGAGUUCUUGGAUAAUGUAGCACAUGCUUGUAAUAGGCCUUAUAAUGCCUAGGAGUGCAUCAGACCUCUAUAUACCGAUUAACAUUGGAUUUGGAGGUUUUGCUCAGGACUUGGCCUUGGCUCAUUGGGUGUAAAGGUGAAAUAGAAGUGUUCCUUUUUAUUUUCAAAAACAUGCCUUAAAAUUGAGAUAUAUAUUUAUCUAACAAGUCUAAACCUAUAACUGAAAGAUUAAGAAGUAUGAAGGGUGUUUAAUUAUUUCAAAUCUGCUUUAGCUUAUAACACUCUGCAAUGUUCUACUGGACCAUCCAAACAAAGCUAAAUGUGCCCCAUAUUAACAGCCAGACAUGUUAAUGUGGCCAAGAACUGUGCACAAGGCUUUUCUCAUCACGUCCUUCAUUGUUGAAAAUGGAAAAUAGAUUUCAUUAAUCAAAUUUGAUUUUCUUUUAUUUUUAUUAAUCUUAUUUUUGUAAGUUGUCUUUGUACUUUGCAUUUCAUUGCUAAUGCUGUCAAUCAUUUAUUUUAUUAUAAAUUCAGUGUGCGCUGUUAAUGCCUUGUGUUUCAAAGCGCUAGCCUGGGAGAACACUGCUGAGCAUAUUAGGAUUUGGAAUGUAAACCAGACGGACAGUGCUGUUUAAUACUGCUUUACAGAACAGCUGCAUAGCACAACACAUUGUUACCACAAAUAUCAUCAUACCCCCCAACUGUUCCUGUUCCAGCGGGACCGCCCCAUAUUCGGACAUUGUCCCACCUGCGUGCCGCAGGGUCCUGCGGGCGGGGGAGUAAGGUUGUGAGCCUUUGCUCACCGCUGCUUUGCACAGCAAAGCAGCAGGGGAUUUCUGAAUGGAUGCUGUGCGCAUGUACAGCAUCUAAUCCGUGCAGGGAAGUGCUGAACAAACCCUCCAAUUGAGGGUCCUGACUACACUCAGACACAUGUUGGGAGGUAUGCAAUAUGCACAUGACAAACAUGGCCUAAUAAAUGACUGUACAUGAGGGUACAAUAUUAGUAUGGUUAUGUUUCAUCAUUUGUUAGUGAGCAACAGCAAAUCUGUGCACAGUAUGCCUAAGUCAAUAUCUACAUUGCUAUGUUCUUUAUGAAAACAAAAUAUUUAAUACAGUAUUUUUCUUCUAUCAAUAAUAAGUUUGUCCAGCUGUUCUUCAUUCUCUAUCAAUUGAUACAUCCUUAUAAAGUAACCAUAAUUUAGCAUCCUGUGGCUAAAGGUGGGUACACACUGAUAGAUAUAUCUGCAGAUCAAUUGAUCUGCAGGUAUAUCUAUGGACGGAUCGGGCAGUGUGCUGUGCAUACACACUGCCCGAUCCGUCGGGGACUGACGCCAUGAACUGGGCGGGCGUGUACACACGCCCGCCCAGUUCAGCUGUCAGUCACAGCUGGCCGCCGCAGCACGUGUGGGGGCGGCCGGCUAGUCAACCGUACACACACAGCGAUGCGCCAGUAUAUCGGUAGAUAUAUUGGCCAUCGGCUGUGCUGCGGGGCUGACACAAUAUGUCUGUGAACUCAGUCGUUCACAGACAUAUCGCCCGUACACACUGGCCAAUGGACCAGCGAUAUAUCGUCCGUUCAGGAGAAUGGUCGAUAUAUCGGCCAGUGUGUACCCACCGUUACGGUAGAGAAUGCUAUAUUGCUUUCUUAAGCUGUUUACACACUAGGCUAUAUAUUGGGUUUUGUGAUAUAUCGGCCAUUUGAGACGAUAUAUCGGAAGCCCGAUGGCGGGUAUGUACAUCCGAUACGUCUGAACGAUUUUAUUCACAGUCCUAUCUCGUCAGCUGUGCAGCACAGCCGAUGGCCAAUAUAUCAGAAGACUAUGUGUAUGCCGACUGCCCAAACAUACUGCAGGGGCUCACACACAGCUGGGCGGCUGAAUUCAAAUGCCCACUCAGCUGGAUGAGAGAACCAGUAAGUGUGUAUGCUUAACUGAAUCAGCCGCUCAGUCAGUGCAAUGGCAGGUGCACCAACAUAUCUGUCUGGUGUGUACCCAGCCUAACCAAACCAUAUAUAUAUUGGUUUAUCUCGAAUCAAAUGUUAAAAUAUCAUUUAAAGCCAAUAAACUUGUAAAAUGCCUUUCAAGCUGCUGACUUGUUGGCAUUUUCAGAUUAAAACCAGAUAUUAAAAAAAAAAAAAGGUUUAGAUUCUGCUUUGCAUAGUUAGUGCUCAUACAGUUAAAAACUAUUUAAAAAAUAAAUCUUCCAAUGUGCGUUCCUCCACAUGUUCCCCUUACUGCGUGUAGGCUGAGUUACUGUAUGUUUUACAUUUUCCACAACUUCUGGAAAAUGUUUAAGCCAGCUGCAUAAUGUCUUCCAGGGAAAUCUUGGAAUUGAAUUCUGAAACCCAUUAUUUAGUAGAGCUAGCUUGUAUUAGGAUGAGGCGUUUCUUCUCUCUGUAACUCUCCGAUGUGCUCGUGUUGGGGAUCUCUUUGCAGCACAGAACACAUGUAUCUCUCAUCUUCUGGCAGUCACUGUCUCUGCCAUCCUUAUACAGCUAUAAUAUGAUUUCUUAGGACGCUUGCAUUACAGUAUGUGAUUAUUUCAUCCCCCAAAUGCCUUCCACUCAGCGCAAAUGUACAAUAUGUGCAGACCUCUGGCUGGCUAGAUACAGAGUGUUGAGAAGUGUAUAGUACAUAGGAACAUUCCCAUCAGCACACGGUACAUUAGGAGAUAUAAGGCCUGAUUCAGAGGUGGACAUCCCAUCACUGCUGCGUCUUUAUCUUCUAAAUUCCACUGUAUACAUACAAAUGCCACUGUCUUUUAUACAGAGACACCCACCACCGGCGUCUCAUCAUCAGACAAACAUCGGUCGCACCAUCGAAGUUCUCAGCAUCCCUUCGGUUGCCAAUUCUUUUCCUUGGAACUGAGAUGCCGGUGUCAGUACCACUGUGUACAGGGACGUAGAUGCUAGCUCUGACAUUGCCCGGAAUGGUCACAGCAUAUCUGCGUUUUACUCACCACACCCUGUUACCUCACACAGAUGUUCACUACCUGUCAAACAUUCUGCGUCCAACUCCACACUACGAGCUCUGUCAUAUCUCCAUUACCGCACAUGUGCAGUGGGACUCAGAUUGGCCAGCAGCGAUAGAUAGAGGGACAUCUAAUAAUAAUGAACCGAACGUUUGUGGUGGAGGCAGAAAGUAUAUUAAUUGGAAAUUCAGUUUAAGUCCUUUGUAAAUGGAAGCCGACUACAGAAUCCUUAAUUUCUGGAUUUCCCACUCUACUGGGACAGAGAGCAAAUCUCAUAUUUUUAUAACCGUAUUGGGUACUCUGUAGUUUUUGUUGUUAUUCAGUGAUCAAGCUUUCCUUCUGUCAGCUAUUGCUGCAUCAUCAUACCUUUCCCCAAUUUGAUUUCCGACUUGGCUCCUUUGGAAAUGUUUGUGUACAGUACUGUAUGUACACUAGUGCUCUGCAGAGUGGCCAGUCGGAGGUAUUAUAUCUAUUGCUUUAAUAUUCAUGCAAUGUUUUUAAGGAAUGAUUCUGGUUUACAAUUAUUUUUGUCCAUAAACCUUUUUUCCCCUUAAUUCCUUUAUUUGCGUUGACCAAAACUGUAGAUGGUGGUUGUAUUUUAAAUGAAGUCUCUUUGUAAAUGUAUUAUGUACCAAAAGGUAAAUCGAUAAAAAAAAUUGUCUGUUGGAUCUAAAUGAACAAACUAAUGGUUCAACCUUUGUAUGUGACUGUGACAUGUUGUUGUUUUUUUGUAGACUGGAAAAAGAAGUUUAGUACUUGAUGAUAUAUUUUAUGUGUUUAGAAAUGUAUUUAAUGUAAUGCAAUGACAAAAGAUGUAACAAAGUUUAAAAAAAUAUAUAUAUCUAUAUAUAUAAAGAAUAAAUGUAUAUAGUUAAAUCUUA